GGUUUAGAAAGAAGGAGAGAGAGAGAGAGAGAGAGAGAGAGAGGGAAGAAAGUUUUUUUAGGCUGUCCUGAGACCAGAGGAGACAGAGAAGCCGAGAAGUUUGAAGGAAAUACAAAGUAACACAAGCGGAUUUUUUUUGUUUGUUUUUGGGGGCGGAAAGUUGAGGAUUUUGUGCAAACAUGUCAACAUCUGAUGAAGCAGACGGGCUGCGGCCGCGAUAUGGCUCCGUGCUGGAUGGCAUGGAGCGUCUCACGGCCGAGGAGAUGGAUGAACGACGGCAGCAGAACAUGGCCUACGAGUACCUGUGCCACCUGGAAGAGGCUAAACGCUGGAUAGAGGCCUGUUUGGACGAGGAGCUUCCCCCCACCACCGAACUGGAGGAAGGCCUGCGAAAUGGCGUCUACCUGGCAAAGCUUGGUAACUUCUUCGCCCCACAUGUCGUCUCCUUGAAGAGGAUAUAUGACCGUGAGCAGACACGCUACAAGGCAACUGGGCUCCACUUUAGACACACAGACAAUGUGAUACAGUGGCUGAAUGCUAUGGCUGAUAAAGGCCUUCCCAAGAUCUUCUAUCCUGAGACCACAGAUAUCUACGACAGAAAGAACAUGCCACGCUGCAUCUACUGCAUCCAUGCACUCAGCUUGUACCUGUUUAAGCUUGGCCUGGCCCCGCAGAUCUCGGACCUGUAUGGCAAAGUGACCUUCACAGAGGAGGAGAUUAACAACAUGAAGAUCGAGCUGGAGAAGUACAACAUCCAGAUGCCGGCUUUCAGCAAAAUCGGCGGGAUCCUGGCCAACGAGUUAUCUGUUGAUGAGGCGGCUUUGCACGCUGCAGUGAUCGCGAUCAACGACGCCAUAGACCACGGAGACCCUGUGGGCACGUUGGCAGCCAUGAGUAACCCCAACGCCAUGCUGCUUAACCUGCACGAGAGCGGGGCACAGGACUACCAAGACACGCUGUUCCAGGCCAAAGCCGAGAAAGUGACCAACUCCAGGAAAAGGAUCGGGGAGAACGUGGACGCAGAAAGGGACGUCUACGAGGAGUUGCUGACCCAUGCUGAAAUUCAGGGCAACGUCAAUAAAGUGAAUGUGUCCAAUUCGCUGACUUCGGUGGACCAGGCAUUGUUCAGCAACGACGAGGACAAGGUCUUCCAGGCUCUUUCAUCCCCAGCACUCAGUUUGCAGUCUCUCAAGUCAAAGAACAAAGGCUGGUACCUCAAACAGCUCAUGGCUGACCGAGAUGCGAAGGAGCAGAACACCCCAGGAGAACCGUUAACCAAAGAAGAGCUGCAGUGCGGCGUGGACUCGGCCAAUGGCAUUGCGGAAAGCUAUCAGAGAAUGCUUCAGGCUGUCGAGAGGAUCAACGGUGCCAUCAGGAAAGGUGUUGCCGAGGACACGGUGAACGAGCUGAUGAAUCCAGACGCUCAGCUCCCGACCGUCUACCCCAGAGCUGCUGAGCUCUACCAGAGAGAACUCUUCAGCCUACAGCAGCAAAGCCCAGAGGGUUCGCUCACACAUCCGGAACUGCUGGUUGCAGUGGAGAUGCUGUCAUCAGUGGUGCUGAUAAACGAGGCGCUGGAUGUGGGAGAUCGAGGGGCUCUGUGGAAACAGCUGAGCAGCGCUGUUACAGGCCUCAGCAACGUUGAGGGAGAUUACUCACAGAGGUACAUGGACGAGUUGAUGCGCCUGAAGGCUGCGGCGCGAGAACAAGGCAGCGAGUAUCUGACGUGGAACGACAUCCAGGCGUGUGUGGAUCAGGUCAACAGCACUAUUCAAGAAGAGCAUGAGAGAAUCGCUGCUAUCGGCCUGAUCAACGAGGCUCUCCACGAGGGAGACCCAAGGAAGACUCUGGAAGCCCUGCAGCACCCUGCGGCCAAGCUGACCGAUGUGGAUCCGUCAAUAGCUCAGCAUUAUUUCGACAAACUCCUGGAGGCACGGAGAGAGAAAGCUCACGAGACUCAGGAUCCAUCAGCAGUGCUCUGGCUGGACGAAAUCCAGGAGGCCAUCUUCCAAGCUAACCGAGACACCGAAGAGGCUCUGCAGUUCUCUCAAGCGAUCCAAGCCAUUAAUGAGGCUGUAGAUGUCGGGGAUGCGAGCCAGACGCUGACGGCUCUGCGCACACCUGGAGCCAGUCUGUACGGCGUGACGCCGGAGUGCGCCCAGACCUAUCAGGAUGACCUGGCUAAGAUCAAGAACGAGAAAAAGAACGAGGGUGAUAACGGUAGUGAAUGGAUGAAGCACUGGGUGAAAGGAGGCUACAACUACUACUACAACAUGAAGACAAGAGAGGGCACAUGGGGCGAGCCUGCGGGAUUCAAACAAAACAAUACGCAUCUGAACAAGGACGAGAUCCAGUCGGUCGUAUCGGGAGUGACGGCAGCCUACAACCGGGAGCAGUUGUGGCUGGCUAAUGAGAGUCUGAUCGCCAAGCUGCAAGCGCGAUGCAGAGGUUUCCUGGUGAGGCGGAACCUGAAAGAGCGCAUCGGCUUUCUGGAGUCGCAGGAUCCGGCCAUCAGACGCAUCCAGGCCCACUGGAAGGGUUACAAAGAGCGAAAGGCCUUCAAUGAGCGAAAGGAGUACUUAAAGGAUCACACUGAAGAUGCUGUGAAGAUCCAGUCGAUGGUGAGGAUGCACCAAGCUCGCAAGAAGUAUAGAGAUCGCCUACAGUAUUUCAAAGACCAUAUAAAUGAGGUGGUGAAAAUCCAGGCGUUUAUCCGGGCCAACAAAGCAAGAGAUGACUACAAGACACUCAUCAACGCAGACGAUCCCCCGAUGGCGGUUGUGCGUAAAUUCGUGCACCUGCUGGACCACAGUGAUCAGGACUUUCAAGAAGAGCUGGAGCUGAUGCGCCUAAAGGAGGAAGUGAUCACCAACAUCCGCUCCAACCAGCAGCUGGAGAAUGAUCUCAACCUGAUGGACAUCAAGAUCGGCCUUCUGGUGAAGAACAAGAUCACGCUGCAGGAGGUGGUCUCGCACAGCAAGAAGCUGACCAAGAAGAACAAGGGCGAGCUGUCCAACCUCAUGAUGAUGAACAAGCAGAAGGGAGGCCUGAAGGCUCUCAGCAAAGAAAAGCGAGACAAGCUGGAAGCCUAUCAGUACCUUUUCUACCUUUUGCAGACUAAUCCUACCUACCUGGCCAAGCUGAUCUUCCAAAUGCCACAGAACAAGUCCACAAAAUUCAUGGACUCUGUGAUUUUCACACUGUACAACUACGCAUCUAACCAGCGUGAAGAGUACCUGCUGCUGAAGCUCUUCAAAACAGCACUGCAAGAGGAAAUCAAAUCCAAAGUGGACCAGAUCCAGGAGAUUGUAACCGGAAACCCCACUGUCAUCAAAAUGGUGGUGAGCUUCAACAGAGGAGCUCGAGGUCAGAAUGCUCUGAGGCAGAUCCUGUCUCCGGUCGUGAAGGAAAUCAUGGACGACAAGACGCUCAACAUCAAAACCGACCCAGUGGAUAUUUACAAGUCCUGGGUGAACCAGAUGGAGUCCCAGACUGGAGAGGCCAGCAAGCUGCCUUAUGAUGUCACUCCAGAGCAAGCCAUGAGCCACGAAGAGGUUCGAAAACGCCUGGAAGCUUCCAUUAAGAACAUGAGGACAGUGACGGACAAAUUCCUGUCAGCCAUCGUAGUCUCCGUUGACAAAAUCCCCUACGGGAUGCGUUUCAUUGCCAAAGUGCUGAAGGAUACGCUGACCGAAAAGUUCCCCGAUGCCACAGAGGACGAAAUUUUGAAGAUUGUUGGAAACCUGUUGUAUUAUCGCUACAUGAAUCCUGCCAUCGUGGCUCCGGACGCCUUUGACAUCAUCGACAUGUCAGCCGGAGGUCAGCUGACCACCGAUCAGCGGCGGAACCUGGGCUCCAUCGCCAAGAUGCUGCAACACGCCGCGUCGAACAAGAUGUUCCUCGGCGACAACGCCCAUUUGAACCCCAUCAACGAGUACCUAACCAACUCCUACCAGAAAUUCAGACGUUUCUUCUUGGCCGCUUGUGACGUCCCGUCGCUGGAGGAUCGAUUUAACGUGGAUCAGUACUCUGACCUGGUCACCGUGAGCAAACCUGUUAUUUACAUCUCCAUCGGCGAGAUCAUCAACACUCACACGCUUUUACUAGAUCAUCAGGACGCCAUCGCUCCGGAGCACAACGAUCCCAUUCACGAGCUGCUGGAAGAUUUGGGAGAGGUGCCGACAAUCGAGUCUCUGAUAGGGGAGAAUCCACUGCCGCCUGAUGACCCCAACAAGGAAAUGAUGGGCAAGACAGAAGUCUCACUCACGCUUACCAACAAAUUUGACGUUCCUGGUGAAGCCAACGCCGAAACUGACGCCAAGACUCUCCUUCUGAACACCAAGAGGCUGAUUGUGGAUGUGAUCCGAUUCCAACCUGGAGAAACCCUGUCUGAGAUCCUGGACACUGCAGCAACUCAGGAGCAGGAGGUGGAGUACCAGCGGGCCAUGCAGCGGCGAGCCAUCCGAGACGCUAAGACCCCCGAGAAGAUGAAGCAGGCCAAACCGGUGGUGGACGACAGUCUCACACUUCAAGGCAAGAAGGACAAGAUUAAGAGCAACCUGCAGAGACUGGCAGAGCUGGGAAAAGUACAGCCAGAGAACCGAUACCAGGAUCUCAUCAAUGACAUAGCGAAGGACAUCAGAAAUCAGAGGAGGUAUCGGCAGAGAAGGAAGGCCGAGUUGGUGAAACUUCAGCAGACCAACUCUGCCCUGAACUCCAAGACCAGUUUCUACAAUGUACAAAUAGAUUACUACAACCAGUACAUCAAAACCUGCAUGGACAAUCUGGCCAAGGGCAAAGUGUCGAAGAAGCCUGGAGAAAACAAGGCUAAGAAGAGCAAGCAGGCGUCGCAGAAGUACACAGCAGCACGUCUGCAUGAGAAGGGAGUGCUGAUCGAGAUCGAGGAUCUGCAAACCAACCAGUUUAAGAAUGUGAUUUUCGAGAUUUCUCCGUCAGAGGCUGUGGGAGUGUUCGAUGUUAAAGCCAAGUUCAUGGGAGUCCAUUUGGAGACGCUAAUGUUAGAAUACCAGGAUCUUCUGCAGUUACAGUACGAGGGUGUGGCCGUCAUGAAGCUGUUCGAUCGCGCCACUGUCAACGUCAACCUGCUCAUUUUCCUGCUUAAUAAGAAAUUCUACGGCAAAUAGAAGAGACUCUGAAGAGGACCUUAUAAACUGUUACGUGCAAAUCCGUGCUCAGAGUCCACAUCAUCUGCCCCCAAAUCCACCCCCCUUCUGUACGCUCCUGUUAUCCCCCUGCACUACUCCGAAUACUCCUCUGUUUGUCAAGAAACGUGUCGCUACGUGUCAUUCUUCAGUACCUACAAACGGUUUGAAAGGGAUAAAUGUACAUCCAUUAGUCCGAUUUGCGCAGCAGGAAAAUUCCUGCGACGGGUUUUGAAUUUGUAAAAAGAAUGAUUUUUGGGUUACCUUUAAAUUUUAUGCCUUGAGAGGACAAAGCAUGUUUCUCACUAUGUUUGUCAUAGAGGGAAAAAUGCAGCCAAAAUGAUAUUUAUCACAGUGAAUCCACAUCAACUGGCUUUUUCUCCACGUUCGGAAAUUGCAAUGUCACUGUUUUUGUCAAGAGUUGUAAUUUAUUGGAAAAGAUAUCUAUCGAUGUACCUAUUUCUCCCCUCUCAUCUAUCAGAUGCUGUAUGGAUUUAUGGAUUUCUUCGGCUUAUUUCUUUUUUCCUUUGCAUUUAUUUUAUACUGUCUUUACUCGAAUAGACUGUUGGGUGUAAAGUGCUCAGAUAUCACACAGCGAUCUUAAUUAUGACAGCCAAAGGCAGAACAUGGAGUCUGGGUUUUUCACUUCCUUUAAAUAUAUCGGAAGGACUAUAGACGUAAAUGCUACAGUACACGAUCAUAUAAAUCGGCUCACUUUUUCUUUCUUACCUUCAUUUCCCUCUGCACCGCCCAAACACCUGAAAAAAUUCAAAGAAUUUCGGUGGUGUGUGAACACUCCAUCCUUCUGCAUGGCGUCAUGGUAGGCUGGUGUUUUGAGAUUUCGUUAUUGUUUUGUUUACUUUUUUUUUUUUCUCCCCCUUUAAGACUUACUGUACAAUCAGAAGCACUUGAAUCGCUGAUAUUACAGAAAUGUGUAAGAUGUGAGAAGCGUGAUUAUUAUUUUUUUUGUGCCUUUAAACAAAAAAAAAAAAGAAGAAAAAGAAGAAGCGGGUACUGAAUAGCCCUCAGCACCAAAAAUAAAAAAAAUUUAUAGGACAAUCACUGAAAAGCUGGAUGGAAAAUAAAUAAAUAAAUAAAUAAUUA